CUUGCAUCAAAUUUUGCGUGGUUAUCUAACAUCCUCUGAUUUGGUGAUUCCCUCCUCCCAAAAGUGUAAAAAAUGGGGGUUAAAGACCAUUGUUGAACUUCGCUGUUCUAUGAGUUUGAUUUUGGUGCUAGAAUUAAGCUUUAGGGGUUAAAAAUGGCGAAUUUCACCAUUAAACCUCAUAAAGCUUGCAUCUUUACUGCUCAAAAGCCCAGGAAUAAAAAUUACCCAACACCAAUUCUUGUUCAACACCAUCAGAAUUUGUCGCACCAGCUUCCCACAAAAACCCAUUUGAAAUUGAGAUUGUUUCGCAGUUUUAAGGACAGGGAAAUUGAGUUUUUGGGCAGAAGGGUAUUCAGUACUAUCACUAGAUUGAGAGUAGAAGACGAUGUUGAUCAAUCAUCACCGUUGGUUGCAGCUCCCGAGGAUGAAAUUGAGCAUAAGAGGAGUGAUAAAGAAGAGGGUUUUGAGUGGAAUUGGCCACCUUGGAAGAACUUGCCCCCAAGAUAUAAGCUUAUUGGCACCACUUCCUUGGCUUUUGUCAUUUGUAAUAUGGAUAAGGUGAACUUGAGUGUGGCUAUAAUUCCAAUGUCACACCAGUUUGGGUGGAAUUCAUCAGUGGCUGGAUUGGUACAAUCGUCUUUCUUUUGGGGUUACGCAUUAAGUCAAUUGCCUGGUGGAUGGCUUGCAAAAGUAUAUGGAGGCAGGCAAGUUCUAGCAUUUGGGGUCUUGGUUUGGUCAUUGGCUACAGCAUUCAUUCCUCUGCUAGCUGGAUACAUGCCAGGACUAAUUUUGUCUAGAAUAUUGGUUGGAAUAGGUGAAGGUGUUUCUCCAUCAGCUGCCACAGAUCUGAUUGCCAGAUCCAUACCUGUGGAGGAGAGAUCACGAGCUGUUGCAUUUGUUUUUGGUGGCCUAAGUGUCGGAAGUGUGGCCGGGCUUCUCUUGGCUCCUCCACUUAUUCAGAAUUUUGGCUGGGAAUCCGUAUUUUACUUAUUUGGCCUAUUCGGAGUAACAUGGUUUUUGGGCUUUCAGUAUAUUGAAGGAGGAGAGACUAAGUCAGCUGCUCCCAUUAUGCCUAGUGUGGAGUCUACAGCGAAUAAGAAGUCGUGGUUGGGUUCCUUGGAGGAGCAAAAUAGCUCUUUGAAGGAUGUUCCAUGGAAAGCAUUUUUCCGAAGUCCGGCUGUCUGGGCUAUGAUUUAUGCUCAUUUUUGUGGAAGUUGGGGGCACUAUACUUGUCUGUCUUGGCUACCUACUUACUUUAGUGAGGAGCUGGAUCUUAAUUUGACAGCAGCUGCAGGGGUUGCUGUACUUCCUCCAUUGGCUUCAGUUAUUACUACCAACCUUGCCGCACAAUUUGCUGAUCAUCUAAUUGCACGCGGAAUUGAGACAACCACAGUAAGAAAGAUUUGCCAAACUAUCUCUUUUCUGUCCCCUGCUUUCUGCAUGACUCUUUCCUCAUUAGAUUUAGGGUUGCCACCUUGGGCAGUUGUGGGGCUUCUAACUAGUGGUUUAGCCCUCUCAAGUUUUGCUUUGUCAGGACUUUAUUGCACCCAUCAAGAUAUAUCACGUGAAUACGCAAGCAUACUUUUGGGUAUAACCAACACUGUUGGGGCUGUACCAGGCAUUGUUGGUGUAGCUCUCACAGGCUAUCUCCUUGAUUCAACUCAUUCUUGGAGUAUAGCACUAUUCGCACCUUCGAUCUUCUUCUAUUUAACAGGUACUGUAGUUUGGUUGGCAUUUGCAAGCAGCAAACCUCAAAGCUUUACCAAGUUAGAUUAGACAGUAUUCGGUUUGGAGGGAAACGAUGCAUCUCUUUUCUUUCCACAAUGUAAAUGGCUUUUUGUCAAUCUACCAAAUACUGACUGCCCCCUCUUGUGUAUAUUCAUUCAUAUAGUAGAAAUAGUUUCAUGUAUUCUUUCAAAAUAUGAUUACAGCCAGCUUCUCCUAUUUCGUGUUGCUCGGCUAUAGGGCCAGAGGUUGAUGUAUGUAAGUAGGUAUUUUGAGUUAGCUGUGUAUUGAACAUGAAGAUAUUAAAGCAUGAAUAAGAUGCAAAAUUGAUCCA